GCAACCAAUACACCUCUCUCUCUCUCUCUCUCUCUACCGUAUCUAGUGCAACCAAUACACCUCUCUCUCUCUCUCUCUCUCUCUCUCUCUCUCUCUCUCUCUCUCUCUCUCUGUGACACACACACAUGUAUACUAAAGUGCCUCCAUGGGUACUAAACCCAAGCUCAAGCUUAAUCCCAUGCCGAAGAAGAACACCCCAAGCAAAUCCCAGAAGGAUCGAGAAUCAUGUUCAUGAUCUUGAACCAAAAAAAGAAAGCAUGGCUUCAGAUGAAAAUGAUUUACCCUUUAGCAUUGGGCACAUAUCGCCACCUCCUCAUCGUAUGGUGAGAUAUAAUAAACAUCAAUUUGGCGGCGGAGCUGGUGGUGGUGAUGGGAAGGUGGGGUGGAACGUGAAUAAGAUAUCCUUGACCUGGAAAGAUUUGAGGGUGACGGUGCCGGAGAAGAUCGGCGGCGGUCUCUGGGCCAUUUUGCAAGGGGUCACCGGUUACGUGGAGUCCGGAGAGAUGUUGGAUAUCACGGGACCCUCUGGUUUCGGAAAAUCAACGUUUCUCAAGGAUUUAGCAGGGAGACUUGAUCGAAACAAGAGACAGACCGGAGAGAUGUUGAUCAAUGGCCAUCGACAAAUGCUAGGUUCUGGAUCUUCGGUUUUAGAGAGAGAAAAAAGAGGGGAAGACAUUUGGGGAAUCGGGAAAAAAGUGACGGAAAGUCGAAUCCUGAAGAAGAAACCCAGAUUCCUCUGCCUCCAUGGGUUCCGAACGAGCGCCGAUAUCCUCCGGCAACAGCUCCAACGGUGGCCGGGGUCCGUGCUCGGGAAAUUAGACCUCGUCUUCCUCGAUGCUCCUUAUUUGGCCCAGGGAAAAUCCGAUGUUGAAGGCAUCUACGAUCCUCCUUAUUACGAGUGGUUUCAGUUUAGCCAGGAUUAUCAAGUGUACAACAAUUUUGAAGAAAGUCUUGCUUAUAUUGAAGAUUAUAUGAUCAAGCACGGACCUUUUGAUGGUCUGAUGGGUUUUUCUCAGGGGGCUGUUUUGUCUGCGGCAUUGCCAGGAAUGCAAUUAGAGGGUGUGGCACUUACAAAGGUUCCAAAGAUUAAGUAUUUGAUUUUAAUGUCGGCGGGCAAGCUUGGAGGAUCCAAGAUUGGGGCUCCCCUACUGGCUUCUAAUGCAUUUUCAUCCCCACUCAAGUGCCCUUCCCUCCACAUGAUAGGUGAAACAGAUUACUUGAAAGAACCAGGGAUAGAGUUAUUGGAAUCAUUUGAGGAUCCAUUGGUGAUUAACCAUCCCAAAGGGCACACAGUAGCAAGACUUGAUGAGAAAGGAAGGAAUACAAUGCUCAGCUUCAUUGAAAAGAUUGAGAAGAUGGAACUGUUAGAAUAUAUGUAAGUUUGACCGUGUAAUGGUGUUUGGGGACAAAUUUAAAUGAGUAGGGAUGCUGUUGGAAAAUUUCCAGAAUAGUGAAUGGAAAUUGGGGGAUACAGAGGGUCUCCGAGACAACUGAAACGUCCCUCUUUUGGUUCAUUGUAUCUUGACGUGGCUCUAUAUGGUCCAGCGGUUCAGCUGGUUAAUACCCCUGUGAAUAGAGGUUAAAAAUAGAAUUCAAUCCAGCUAUUCACUUCAGGGCUUUCGUUUGUAUUGAUUUUUGGCAUCGGCUCAAGUGGUCUCUCCUGGGCUAUAUAUUGAUCAUCCCGUUUUCAGAGUUCACCACCAAUUUCCGAAAUCCUAGCAGCACAUUUUGAUACUGUUCUUGUGUGAGGUAGGCAGACGUAGCCUUCACAAUUUGCCAAGGCAUCUAUCGGCAGUGUUUCGACGGUUAUGGUCUUGUCAUUCUAUCAUGGGAGACAGAUGUCAGUCAACCUUCUUACACCCAAUAUUGGUUAAGCGGCGGUGAAUAUGUUUUAAGGAGACUGAUUUAGAGAUUCGGUUUGGUUUAUGUUUUACCGAUUGUUACGUAUUCGGUUCAUUGUGUAAUCUGUGAUAUGUUUAUCAUAUGCAAUGGAAUGUGUAUUCUGGUUUCUAUCCGAUCAGUUUGUAAUACUUUUCCAAUAGAUGCAUCCAACCCCUCCGAAAGCAAUGUAUGUCCUUUAGUUCCCCUUA